CUGUGUAAAUGACAUGGCAGGUCCUUACUGGAAACAACGCUGGAUGAGCUGGACGAGCGCUCGCCCGAACAGCAAAUCUGCAACGAAACCAAAAAAGGAGCUGGAGCGCCUGCUAAAACUCCACUGAGGACACACAGCCUACCUGGACGACGAGGUCACCACCGUCCGCAAAAACCUGGAGUGGCCGCGAGGAGUGGAGGUGGACCCUGUCCUGAUCAAGGACACAUGGCACCAGCUGUACCGACGUCACUUCCUGCAGAAGGCGCUGCAUCACUGUAAUCUGUGUAGACGAGGAUUCUACUACUACCAGAGACAAUUUGUGGACUCGGAGCUGGAGUGCAAUGAUGUAGUCCUGUUCUGGAGGAUUCAGAGGAUGCUGCUCAUCACAGCCAACACACUCAGACAGCAGCUCAUCAACACAGAGGUACGGCGCCUGGAAAAGAACGUGAAGGAGGUGCUGGAGGACUUUGGUGAGGACAACGAGAGGAAGGUCCACCUCAUCACCGGACGCAGAGUACAGCUGGCAGAAGACCUUAAGAAGGUCCGUGAGAUUCAGGAGAAACUUGAAGCCUUCAUAGAAGCUCUUCACGAGGAGAAGUAGAGCACCAGAAACCAAUGGAUCACAGAAGCAUUGCACUGAUCAAAGAAGACUAAUUCCUCCCUCUGUAAAUGACUGAACCCCCCAGUGACGCCCAACUGUUGCUCUUAGUUUUUUUUUCUGCGAGUGGAGUUUAUCAGAUGGAGCCCUUAACACUAACACUGAGGAGGAUCAGGUUAUCAGUGUGGCUGAGCAGAUAGCACUUCCUCCGCUCAGAGUGGGCACCAUGCUUUAAAGGCCCAUGAUGAGUUCACCAGACAUGUCCUCUUCACACAGGAAUCCAACAACUGUCUCCGGGCUUUUUUGCUCUGUAUUUUUGGCAGAGAAGACGAAGAGAGAAGGGGGAGGACAAGAUUGAAGUUACACACCUCGUGACUGACUGACGGAUCGACCUCUCAUGUCCUCUUCCUCUCUCUCUCUCAUUGCUCCCUAGUUUCUCAUAAAUGAGGAGGUUGUGGAGGUUUUCUCUCUCACCGCCAACUUCCUUUCCUUUGUUUGGGAAUGUCUUUAAUCGGCUUGAGCACCUGUCAGAAGUUGUCCCAAAUUACACUGGUCAAAAGUAGUGCACUUUUUUGCCAUUUGGGACGCAACCAGAAUGUCUGCUGGUGAUCGGGUGAGUCAGACGUGGUGUGUGAUGGAAGGGUGAUGGGAACCACCCUCCUCUCUGUAGAUUGACUAACUGUAAAUGAACGCCUGUUGGGCUGAAGCCAUUCUCCUGCCUAUUGUUAGCACUCGUUCCACUUAGGACUUAAUGUGAAUUCACUUCAGUUAUCCCAGCGGCUAGCUUUAACCCAGCUCUACACGUGCAUCACUAACCAUAUAGGUACAAGCCUCAGUUAUUAACCCUCACUUGCACAACAGUCAAGCUCCAUCCUCCUAAAACUAGAAUAUAUGAACAGUGGAUAGAAUAUUCCACACUAGUUGUAACAAAUAUAAUAUAGAUUGGCUUUCUUAUUUCAGGGAAGCAGACUUAAUUUGAGAGUUAUGUCUGCUAUUGAUAGGCAGCGCGCAAUGCCCCACUAUGUACCACUCUCUCUGCCCUACUGUGUGUUCACCUCAUCAUCACAAGGGUUUAUAUGAUGGCAUUUAAUUUCACUGUUGGACGAAACGGCCUCUACUAUCUUUGUUCUGGGUGAAGAUCCAGUGUUGGACUAGAAUCUAGUUCAACCUGCAGUGGAUGGAACCACAUUGUCCAAUCACGUUGGAGGAAAGAUGCUAGUGACCUCGUUGUAUUCGAACGUGGUGACACAGCUGCACAGGCAUCUUUGGGUUCUUGGUACAUUCAUUCCUUUCACUUUUUCUGCUUCUUCAUGCUCUCCUGCCUCUGGGCAGGUCACACUGUCUGACUUGCUGGUCUCUACUGGUCUCUCCUGAGGGACCUUUUUCUCUCUCUGCUCUACUCCAUCCAUCCUUGUUUUCUUUAUUCUUGAUCCUCUCUCUUGCUCUUCUCUCAAGCCCUCUAUCUUCUAUCCUCUCUGUCUCCUAUUUCACCCCCCCCCCCAAACUCUUUGUUCCCGGCUCUAAAGAGUGGAAUGAAACGGUGACUGUUAUACUUAACCCCGGUCCUUCAUGUGUAUAUGGGUUAAUACCGUACAUCGUGUACAUGUAAAGUUAAUACCAAUCAUGAAUCUGUUAUUGCUUAUGGGAGGAAUGUCAGAGUGUGAUGCUCUUGUAACAAGAUAUCCAUCGGAUGGUUCAACACCUACAGUUCUCUUUGAUGUUAUAGAAUGUAAUGUUUGCAUGGUAUACCCCAUCAGAUGUGCUUUAUUUAUUACAAAUUUGAUUGUUUAAGAAAGUGAAAAUAAAAUUGAUGUUAAUAAAAAUGUAAUUUUCCUAGAAGUUG